UUCUUCUUCUUGACUUAGCUGUUUUUCCUGUAUGCCUAGAUAAACAAGAAGAAAAAACCUAUUUGGUACCUAGUGUUUCUGCAUCCAUGGAUACAGUCCCUGCAAUUGCUUUUCUCUUCAUCCUCGUCAUUUGUCUAUCUCUACAUGUCCAUGCCAUUUGCCAGCCUAGGGAUCUCACUGUGGUUAAGGGAUGGAACAUUUCAUCUGAUAAAAUAUAUGUUGCUUGCCAUAACACCACUGGACGCAUCGUCAGUCUCCAUAUCACAAAUACCACUUUCUUUUCUGCUAUUCCACAGCCCAUUUGCAAGUUUUCCAUGCUCACACAUCUUGAAAUAGUCUCCUCUCAUUUAAGCGGUCCCAUACCCACUUGCCUCGGCACCCUAUCCAAUUUGAUCCAUCUCAAUCUAUCAAACAAUAAGCUGAGUGGCAAAAUCCCUGCUACACUUUGGAAGCUGAAAAACCUUCAAAUUCUCGAUCUUAGCAGUAAUGAACUUAAUGGCCUGGGCAUUAACAACAUGGAUUUGUCAAACCAAACCAGCUUAAAAUCUCUUCAGCUAUACCGUAACCAUUUCAAUGCAUCCAUUCCACCCACCAUAGGCUCAAUUGCUUCCCUUACGGACCUUAAUUUGUCUUCGGCACUUUUCCAAGGCCCAAUUCCACAUACCCUCUGGAACCUUUCGGCUUUACAGAGAAUUCAUCUAAAUUACAACAACCUCACCGGUGCAAUUCCUUCUUGCUUCAGCAUGCUUUCCAAUCUAGUGGUUUUGAACCUUAAUAGGAAUCAUCUCAAUGGAGUACUUCCCCCUUCACUUGGAAGACUGCAGAGCCUAGAAUUGCUGGAUGUUAGUACAAAUAAUAUCCGUGGAGAAAUACCCACUUCUUUCGAAAAUAUAUUCAGUAUAAGGAAGAUUCUACUGUAUCACAAUAAGCUAGACGGCGAAGUUCCUUCUUAUUUUGAAAAAUUGCCCAGGCUGGAACAGCUGCUGCUAUCAGAGAACCGGCUUAGUGGAGGAAUACCAGUCCAAAUCGCUAAUUGUAGGAAGUUGAAGCUUCUUGAUCUUUCUUCAAAUAAUAUCUCUGCUCAAAUUCCUCCUGAAAUAGGAACUAUGUCAGAGUUGGUGAAUCUAAAUCUUAUGGACAAUAAUAUACAGGGAGAAUUGCCUCCAUCUGUUGGCAACUGCAUUAAAUUAGAGAUUCUAUCAGUGGCAAAUAAUAAUAUUUCAGGAAACAUUCCUUCUACCUUGGGCAAUCUAAAGUCCCUUAAGAUAUUAUUACUUCACUACAACAAAUUCAUAGCAUCUAUACCUACAUCUUUAGCAACUUGCAAGUCAUUAAGAAUGAUGGAUCUAAGCUCCAAUGGUUUCACUGGAGAAUUUCCAUCUUGGGUAUGUGGUCUUGAAGAUUUGCUACUCUUGAAUUUAGGAAAUAACCACUUCAAUGGAUACAUAGAGGGUUCUUUCAGUACGCUGAAAAAACUUCAAGUUUUAGAUUUAUCAAACAAUGCAUUCACAGGAUCUAUCAUUAAUGUCAUAGACUUACCAUACAUGAAGACUUUGAAACCAUCUAAGGCAAAUCUUUAUCGCAUAAAUAGAGCACCAAAUCUUAUUACUUUUCAAAAUGAGAUGUUCAAUGACAUAUUCUUCACAGUGGACUUCACUCUUAUUGCUAAGGGGAGCUCACAACAAUAUGAGUAUGUGCGUUCUGACCUUACAUUGAUAAGCUUGGCAUGGAAUAACUUUACUAGUGAGGUUCCUAAGGAAUUGGGGAGCUUAGAAGGGCUUCGAUAGUUUUACCUUUCUCACAACAUACUAAGUGGACUCAUCCCUCAAAGCAUUUCAAAAUUAGUGGUGAUAGAAUCACUAGAUAUCUCUCAUAAUAGACUGGAAGGGCUUACUCCUCAAGGUCUUGCAAAAUGGAGUAAUAUAAGUGUGUUGAACAUGUCAUAUAAUCAGCUUUCAGGUCUAAUUCCACAAAGCACUCAAAUUGAGGGAAUGCCAAUGGAGAGUUUUGUGGGUAACAAAGGGUUAUGUGGGAUGUCUCUUCCAUUUCAAUGCAACAAUAGAAAACAAGAUGGUAAGGCUAGUGACAAUGAAGAUGAUGGUGACAGUGAUGAUGAUGGUAUGAUAUCAUGGGAAGCAUUUUGGAUAGGAUGUGGAGUAGGCUUUUUUGUAUGUGCGGUGUGGAGUUUAGUUUUUGCUGGAAAUUUAUUCAAGAAGAUUUGGAAAAACAAAUAGAUUAAAUAUGUUAUAUUUUG